GAAUCAUUGGGAAUAUAAUGAGUGGUGCAAGGCCGGUUUGUUAUUGGAUAAGGCCCUUUUUACAGGUGAUGCUAAUUAUGUUCAACUUGCCAGACAAGUGGCGCUGGAAAGGGCUUAUGUGGUUAGGGUGGCUGACGAGGAUGGUUGGAGUGUAGCUGUAAAAAUGACAUCAGGUGAUAUGUCAAAUCCAAUAUUAGAGUUAUUCAGUGGGAAACGUGAGAGAGCAAGGAUGGCGGUGCAGCAGUUUCCAAGGAACAAACGUUCUAAAGUUUCUUAUGGACAAGGUUAUUACUUGAAUAAUCAGCUGCAGCCUGUGCAGGUUCAAGUUCCAAGCUUAUAUAUGCCUUCGGGCAUUCAGCCUCAACCAUUUGUCCAUCCGAAUUGGCAACAGAUAUCUUCACAGAGGAUGUUCUGUCCUCCUCCUACGAAUAAUUAUUGGGAUGAGACACAUUCACGUGACCUGUCUGGUUCUUCUUUGGGUCAACAACCUUUUCAUAAUUCCUGGUCUCCGAAUCCUUAG